AUGGCCGACGCAGAGCUUGAAGAGAUCAGACGGGCCCGUCUUGCCCAGCUUCAGCAACAGGGUGGCGCACGUGGUGGCCCUUCGGACGGCAACCAGGAGGAACAGAGAAGGCAAGCUGAAGCCGACCGCCGCGCCACUAUUCUGAACCAGAUCCUCGAGCCCGAAGCCGCCGAUCGUUUGGGUCGCAUCCGCCUUGUCAAGGAAUCCCGCGCUGCUGACGUCGAGUCCCGUCUCAUCAUGCUCGCCCAGUCCGGCCAAUUGCGCCAGAAGGUUACCGAGGAGCAGCUCAAGCAGUUGUUGAACGCCAUGGCCGAGAACCAGCGCAAGGAUGAGGAGGAGCACAAGAUUGUGAUCAACCGGCGCGGCGGCUGGGAUGAUGAUGACGACCUGUUGGAUCUGUGA